AGUGCAACCAUUGGGUGCGUUCACUUCGAGGCAGAAUGGGAAAGCUAAUACUUUAUGGCAUGGAUGCCAGCGCCCCGGUUCGUUCGGUGAUACUGACCCUGAACGCCUUGGGUCUGCCCUUCGAGUACAAGGUGGUCAAUCUGCUGGCCAAGGAGCAGCUCAAGCCGGAAUUCCUCAAGAUGAACCCCCUGCACACCGUGCCCACACUGGACGACGACGGCUUCUACGUGUACGACAGUCACGCCAUCAAUGCCUACCUAGUGGCCAAGUACGGCAAGGACGGCAAGGAGUCUCUCUACCCCACGGAUCUCCAGCAGCGGGCAAUCGUCGACCAGCGUAUGCACUACGACUCUAGCGUUGUGGGUAGAACCCUGCGGGCCAUAACAUUUCCGCUGUUCCGUCUGAACGAGACCCAAAUCCCCAAGGCCAGGAUCGAUGCUCUUGCGGACGUGUACACCACCCUGGAGACAUUCCUGAAUAGAAACGAGUACAUCGCAGGGAAGCAUCUGACUAUUGCCGACUUUCACAUCAUCGCUAUCCUGUCAACCAUUGAGAUAUUCCUGGCAGUGGAUGCUGGCAAGUAUCCGAAGCUGUCCGCCUGGAUGCAGCGCAUAACCGAACUGCCGUACUACGCAGAAAGCAACGGUAACCGACUGGUGCAGUGUGCCACAUUUUUUAAGAGCAAAAAUUUUACAAUUGUCUAAACGUCUGUAGCCAAGUUUUCUCAAUAAAUACGUAUAUUCGCUGUAGCUGUA